UUCCCUGCAGACCUGAAUGAGUGCGAGUUCUCAGACUUUCUGUGUCAGCACAAUUGUGCGAACACGCCCGGAUCGUUCUACUGCCUCUGUCCGCCCGGAUACUACGUGUUCGAGGACGGCAGGAGCUGUGAAGAUAUCAAUGAAUGUGACACUGGUAACAACACCUGUACAACAGAACAAGUAUGUUUCAAUUUCCAGGGAGGCUACACAUGCCUGGACCCUCUUCAGUGUCAGCCGCCCUACAUUGAAGUCGGUGACAAUCAGUGCAUGUGUUCUGCGGAGAACCCUGCCUGCAGAGACCAACCCUUCACUAUUCUGUACCGACACAUGGACCUCUCUCCGGGGCGCGCUGUGCCUGCAGAUAUCUUCCAGAUGCAGGCCACCACGCGCUACCCCGGCGCCUUCUACAUCUUCCAGAUCAAGUCGGGCAACGACGGCCGCGAGUUCUACAUGAGGCAAACCAGUAACGUGAGCGCCACGCUGGUUCUGUCCCGGCCCAUCUCGGGUCCUCAGGAGGUGGUUCUGGACCUGGAGAUGGUCACGGUGAACAACGUCAUCAACUUCAGAGGCAGCUCCAUCAUUCGCGUGACGAUAUUUGUCGCGGAGCACAAGUUCUGAGCGUCUCAAAGUGAACUCCCUCUGAGAAUCAGCUGAUGUAAUGGUUUGUUUGAGACAGCAUCACCUUUUUAAAAAAAAAUCAUUAUGUCAUCGUUGUCCGAUAAAGUCUCAGCCAAGAUCAGCUGAUGGGAAAGCCUCUCUGGUUUAAUGGACUCUGAGCUUGUAUUGCUGCCAUAUGGACUUCUGAACAGAGGGAUGUUUAUGGUGUACAAUUUCUGACAUAUUAUAUUUAGAAAAUGACCCAAAAAUGAUGGAAGUUACCCUCACUAGUACUUGCACCCCCCCCCCUCCCCCCCAGUUGUCUGUGAAUGUUCAUCUCUUCAGAUUAGCUGUGAAAUUGCUUUUUUUAUGCUUAAAUUGAAAAGCUGUCGUUGCAUCCUGAGAAUCAUAACAUUGUUUUUUUUAUGAGAUGUUGAUAUCUGAGCUGAAGUGUAAUUGUGCAUUUUGCAGUGGAAAUGUUUGAAAUGAUGUUACAGCCAGGCAUUAAUUGAAUUAUUGAUCACAGUUUUUUUUUAGAACAAUAAAUGUCUUCACCACACAAUUGU